CGACCCUGCGCAUCCCGACGGCUCACUGACUGGUCCUGGCCCGGGCUUCAGCUCAGUCAUCGCCUGGAAAAGAGCAAGAGAGCAGUGUUCGCCGCUUGUUCCUUGGCAGAUCAUUGUGGAGACCAGCUGAGGAUCUUGCCCUCUCUCCCCCCUCUAGUGGCAGCUACUGUGACGUCUGUGGUGCGAAGAUAUUGUAGGGCAAGUUGAAGAUACGAGGGAAGCAAUAUAGUGUGGGAGUGAACUCAGUCACGCAAGAAACUAAAAGUAUAUCAAGCCAAGAGUCUGAAGAGUUGAUACUUGUGAGUGGAGGUCACACUGGCCUGGGGGAGGUGGUCACGGGCUGGUCCCAGAGACGUUUGAUGUCAGGUGACCAGCCACACUGACGCUUGCCAUGAUGUCACAGCAAGAUAACUUAUAUACGACGAUGACGAGGCCCGGCGCAGCUCUGCGACUCUCCCUAAUGCUGCUGCUGCUCCCUGGGACCCUCGCUCAGCAGAAGGUCAACAUCAUGGUGCUGCGGGAGGAGGGAAACGCCCCAGCGGAACAGGGACUUAAAGCAGCCAUCGACUACCUGAAGAAGAACCAGGCAGAGGGCGUGGUGGUCGACCGUAUGGACGUGAUGGUCAUCAAGAAAGGCAGCGACAUCGAGGGCACGGUCAACGCGACCUGCGACCUGAUGGACGGAGCCAUCACCGCUAGUAAGCCGCCACACAUCAUCCUCGACAUGACCACCACAGGCAUGAUGGCCGAGACGGCCAAGAGCUUCACCCGGGCCCUGGCUCUUCCCACCUUCUCCGCCUCCUAUGGCCAGGAGGGUGACAUUAGGGAGUGGCGGACGUUGACAUCCAACGAAAGCAAGUACCUGGUGCAGCUGAUGCCGCCUGGUGACAUCAUCGUCCAGGCCAUCAGAGACAUCGUCCGCACUCAGAACAUCACUAAUGCUGGCAUCAUCUACGACGACACCUUCGUGAUGGAGCACAAGUACAAGUCGCUACUGAUGAACCUCCCGUGUCGACACAUUAUGACGAUGGUGGAGGCCACGGACAACUUGGUGCGCAACCAGACCAUGAGGCUCAAGAAUGCAGACAUCGUUAACUUUUUCGCUGUGGGACGACAGAAGACCAUCAGUAGAAUCCUUGAUGCUGCCACAGCUAAUGGAAUGUUUGGGCGGAAGUAUGCCUGGUAUGCUUUGUCAAAGGACGACGACGACGUGCAGUGUGGGUGUGAGAACGCCACGGUGGUGUAUCUGCGGCCUCGCGCCAGCGCCGACACCCGCGGCAGACUCGCCAUGCUCCAGAAGGACUUCCAGCUCACAGCCACGCCGGAGAUCGACUCUGCUUUCUACUUCGACUACGCCAUCAGGGGCAUCAAGGCAGCAGGGACUCUGGCAGCUAGCGGCGCUUACAGCAACAUUACCUACAUAAAGUGUGAGGCCUUCAAGGAGGACAACCCUCCUGUCAGACCAGACUUCGACCUCCUCUCUGCCCUCAAGUCGGUGGCGAUGACGAGCACUUGGGGCAGCGUAAAGUGGGGCGGGAACGGGAUGACCUUCCUGGACCUGCCGGUCACCAUGGACAAGUUCCUGAUCCUGAGAGGGAAGACUGCGGACCGCAAGACCCUUGGGGACUGGAUGACUGGCAUGCCUGGCACCUUCAUGUUCAAGGCUGGUCAGAGCCUCCAGGACUACCAGGCGGUGACGGUGUACAGGGUCACCACGGUCCAACAACCGCCCUUCGUCUACAAGAAAAUCAACGCAGAUGGAAAGCCCGAGUUCUACGGCUACUGCAUCGACCUCAUCAACGAGAUCAAGUUGAUUGUCAACUUCGAGUACGAGAUCUCCGAGGCUCCUGAUGGCAAGUUCGGCACAAUGGAUGACAACCAACAGUGGAACGGCAUGAUCAAACAGCUCGUAGACAAGCAAGCGGACAUCGCCCUUGCCCCGCUGUCGGUGAUGGCGGAGAGGGAGAACGUGGUGGACUUUACUGUGCCUUACUAUGACCUGGUGGGAAUCACCAUUCUCAUGAAGAAGGUCAAGCUGCCCACCUCGCUCUUCAAGUUCCUCACUGUGCUUGAGCCAGAGGUGUGGAUCUGCAUUCUCGUCGCCUACGGGUUUACAAGCGUGCUCCUGUACAUCUUCGACCGGUUCAGCCCCUACAGCUACCAGAACAACAGGGAGAAGUACAAGGACGAUGAAGAGAAGAGAGAAUUUAAUCUGAAGGAAUGUUUGUGGUUCUGCAUGACUUCUCUCACACCUCAGGGCGGAGGCGAGGCGCCGAAGAACCUAUCUGGCCGACUGGUGGCAGCUACGUGGUGGCUCUUCGGGUUCAUUAUCAUCGCUUCCUACACUGCUAACUUGGCUGCCUUCCUCACAGUGUCGCGUCUGGACACGCCCAUAGAGUCGCUGGACGACCUCAGCAACCAGUACAAGGUCCAGUACGCCCCCGUCAACGGUACCUCCACCAUGACCUACUUCGAGCGCAUGGCAUACAUCGAGAAGAAGUUCUACGAGAUCUGGAAGGACAUGUCCCUGAACGACUCGAUGAGUGACGUGGAGCGUGCCAAGCUGGCGGUGUGGGACUACCCAGUGAGUGACAAAUAUACCAAGAUGUGGCAGUCCAUGCAGGAGGCCGGCCUGCCCACCUCCCUGGAGGCCGCUCUUGAGAGAGUCAGGAAGUCCACCUCCACUAGUGAAGGUUUUGCUUAUCUCGGUGACGCUACAGAUAUCCGCUACCAGGUGCUGACCAACUGCGACCUGCAGAUCGUGGGAGAGGAGUUCUCUAGGAAGCCCUACGCUGUCGCUGUCCAGCAGGGCUCCCCUCUCAAGGACCAGUUUAAUGAUGCGAUCCUGAAGCUGCUGAACCAGAGGAAGCUGGAGACGCUGAAGGAGCGCUGGUGGAAUCAGAACCCGGCCAAGAAGAUGUGUGAGAAGGACGACGACCAGAGUGACGGCAUCAGUAUAGAGAAUAUUGGUGGUGUGUUCAUCGUGAUCUUCGUGGGCAUCGGGCUGGCGUGCGUGACUCUGGCCUUCGAGUACUGGUGGUACAAGCACAGGAAGGGGCCGCAGGUGGCAGACUCCAGCAAGGUGGUGGCCGUCAGGGAGCUGCCUCACAGCGACACCAAGGCCAACAAGGCUAACUUCAGCACACAAUACAACAGUGGCAGAGAUGGCUACAACAUCUCUCCUGUGGCCAAUCCAUGGUAGUACCGGCCGUGUCAAGGGCAGAGACCGCAGCCUUCACUUCUCCCGUGGCGAAGCCGUGGCGGUGACUGAUGCGACGAAACAUGUGCCCAUGUUACCAUCUCCGCUGCUGCGUCUCUCCUUAAUGGAAGUAUACAUCUCUAGUCACCUGGAAGAUGAACGAGAAGCACUGGGUAACAUCAGAGUUCACAAAGUAUUCAUUGGUAACUAAAAAUGACCUUAUCUACGUAAAAUGUAUUUACACCCUGGAAACACAAACCGAAACUGUCUAUUUUCCGCUUGUUACAACUUGUAAUAAAGUUGUUACAUCUUGGCUUAACGUUUUUAUGACGUAUUAGA